GGACCCGGGGCAGAGCGGGCGGGGGCCAGAACCCCGGUCCCCGCCGCUGCGCUGGGCCACAGCUUCCGGAAGGUGACGCUCACCAAGCCCACCUUCUGCCACCUCUGCUCCGACUUCAUCUGGGGGCUGGCCGGCUUCCUGUGCGACGUCUGCAACUUCAUGUCCCAUGAGAAGUGCCUGAAGCACAUGAAGACCCCGUGUGCCUGCGUGGCACCCAGCCUCGUCCGGGUCCCAGUGGCACACUGCUUUGGCCCCCGGGGGCUGUACAAACGCAGGUUCUGCGCUGUCUGCCGCAAGGGCCUGGAGGCCCCCGCGCUCCGCUGUGAAGUGUGUGAGCUGCACGUUCACCCCGACUGUGUGCCCUUCGCCUGCAGCGACUGCCGCCAUUGCCACCAGGACGGGCACCAGGACCACGACACGUACCACCACCACUGGCGGGAGGGGAACCUGUCCUCGGGUGCGCGCUGUGACGUCUGCAGGAAGACAUGUGGCUCCUCCGAGGUGCUGGCUGGCCUGCGCUGUGAGUGGUGCAGCCUCCAGGCCCACUCAGUCUGCUACUCGGCGCUCACCCCCGAGUGCACAUUCGGGCGCCUGCGCAGCAUGAUCCUGCCCCCUGCCUGCGUGCGCCUGGUGUCCCGCAACUUCAGCAAGAUGCACUGCUUCCGCAUCACCGAGAACCCGACCCCAGAGCCAGGUGAGGGGGACGACAGCAUGGACGGGAGUGCCGCGGCAGGCCCAGGCAGAGAGGUGCUAGCGUCUCCAGAGUCCAGCAAGCAGACCCUGAGGAUCUAUGAUGGCUAUGACGCCAUGCAGCGAAACCACUUCCGCCUCAUCACUGUCCCCCGCCUGGCCAAGAACGAGGAGGUGCUGGAGGCAGCACUGCGGGCAUACUACAUCAGCGAGGACCCCUGUGACUUCGAGCUGCAGGCGCUUCCCCCAUCCGCACGCUCUGACGACAACGGUGCCCAGGGAAAGGCCCGGACUGGUGGGGCUGCCGGGGAUGAGGGCAGCCGAGGCCCCGGGUCCCGAGACCCUGCGCCCCGAGAGCCCGCGCCUGAGGCCUGGGUCAUCCGUGCCCUGCCCCGUACCCAGGAGGUCCUGAGGAUCUACCCUGCCUGGCUCAAGGUAGGUGUGGCCUACGUGUCCAUCCGUGUGACCCCGCAGAGCACUUCAAGGACAGUGGUGCUGGAGGUGCUCCCGCUGCUCGGACGCCAGGCCGAGAGUCCCGAGAGCUUCCAGCUGGUGGAGGUGCUCAUGGGUAGCAGGCAAGUUCAGCGGACAGUGUUGGCGGAUGAGGAGCUCCUGCUGGACCGGCUCUGGGACAUCCGGCAGGCGUCCUUGCGGCAGAUGAGCCAGACGCGGUUCUACGUGGCCGAGAGCCAGGCCGUGGUGCCGCAUGUCUCCCUGUUCGUCGGCGGCCUGCCGCCCGGCCUUGCCUCCCAGGAGUAUGGGCCCCUGCUGCAGGAGGCCGUGGGUACCAAAGCUGACGUGGUGACUGUGAGUCGCGUCUACCCCUCGCAAGGUGCUGUGGUGCUGGAUGUUGCCUGCUUUGCGGAGGCUGAGCGGCUGUACAUGCUGGUCAAGGACACAGCCGUGCAGGGCCGCCCGCUGACAGCCCUGGUGCUCCCCGAAGUGCUGCACACGAAGCUGCCCCGAGACUGCUGCCCCCUCCUCGUGUUUGUGAACCCCAAGAGUGGAGGCCUCAAGGGCCGAGAUCUGCUCUGCAGUUUCCGGAAGCUGCUGAACCCCCACCAGGUCUUUGAGCUGACCAGCGGGGGCCCCCUCCCUGGGUUCCACGUGUUCUCCCGGGCCCCCUGCUUCCGGGUGCUGGUGUGCGGCGGGGAUGGCACCGUGGGCUGGGUGCUCGGCGCCCUGGAGGAGAUUCGCCACCAUCUGGCCUGCCCCGAGCCCUCCGUGGCCAUCCUGCCCCUGGGCACAGGGAAUGACCUCGGCCGAGUGCUCCGCUGGGGUGCGGGCUACAGUGGAGAGGACCCCUUCUCGGUGCUGGUGUCCGUGGAUGAGGCUGACGCUGUACUCAUGGACCGCUGGACCAUCCUGCUGGACGCACAGGAGGCCUGUGGCGCAGAGAACAGUGUGGCUGAUGUGGAGCCCCCAAAGAUCGUCCAGAUGAAUAACUACUGUGGGAUCGGCAUUGAUGCAGAGCUAAGCCUGGACUUCCACCAGGCACGGGAGGAGGAGCCCGGCAAGUUCACAAGCAGGUUCCAUAACAAGGGCGUGUACGUGCGGGUUGGGCUGCAGAAAAUCAGCCACUCCCGUAGCCUGCACAGGGAGAUCCGGCUGCAGGUGGAGCAGCAGGAGGUGAAGCUGCCCAGCAUCGAGGGCCUCAUCUUCAUCAACAUCCCCAGCUGGGGCUCGGGGGCUGACCUGUGGGGCUCUGAGAGCGAUGCGAGGUUUGAGAAGCCGCGCAUAGACGACGGGCUGCUGGAGGUGGUGGGAGUGACAGGCGUCGUGCACAUGGGUCAGGUGCAGGGUGGGCUCCGCUCCGGCAUCCGCAUCGCCCAGGGCUCAUACUUCCGCGUCACGCUCCUCAAGGCCACCCCUGUGCAGGUGGAUGGUGAGCCCUGGGUCCAGGCCCCUGGCCACAUGAUCAUCUCGGCUGCGGGGCCGAAGGUCCACAUGCUGAAAAAGUCCAAGCAGAAGCCCAGGAAGGCCGGAGGCAGCCCCAAGGAGGCACGAGUGGACACGCCGCCUGCCCCAGAUGGGGACGCCAAGUAG